AUGCAACAGAAUCCGCGAACUCGAACCCGUUCCGAAACCCAGAAGAAUUUACAAUCACUGCAAGGUCAAAGCCGGAAACUAUUGACUCUUUCCGAACAGGCAACCCCGUACUUGCAUCAGAGAAACGUCUCAUUCUGGAAGUACCUCGUUACCAUGACAGACGUACCAGCAGGGUCAUGGAUCUUGGACGAGGGCAAACGCGAAGUCUUUUUAGUGACGGCAGUAUCAAGCGAUGGAACCAAGCACGGCAUGAUCAUCACGUGGGUUGCACCAGCCGGGCUAGUGCCCGAUCAAAAGCGCAUUAUGAUGGCCUUGUCGCCCACCAAUCAAACCACGCAAACACUAAUGGAAUCCAAAUCGUUUGCCAUUCAUCUAUUGCAGCAAGCUCAGGCGAAUCUCGUACCGGUUUUUGGUGCCAAACACAGUCGCGAAGUAAAUAAAUUCGAGGGCGUCGACCACGAAAUGAUGGAUGGUCUCCCAAUUCUUGCUAAUACUUGUGGUUGGAUGAUUGGCGCGGUAGUAUCGACGAUGGAAGCCGGAGAUCGCGUGAUUGUUUUGGCUGAUAUUUCGAAAGAGCAAGGAGCUGUCGAGCAAGAUCCACUGUACGUGAAAGAUAUGUCGGCAAAGUUACCGGUCGGGGACGUUCAGGAUUUGGACCAAAAGUUCAGCGGCGACAUCGACCGAGAUCGGCAAAUGCGGGCCAAAUUCUACGAACCAUAAAACGCAGGGGACUGCUUAAGAAUGCCUUUACGAAUAGAUUUACAAGGGCAAUUAGAGAACAGUUCCGCGUAUACUUGAACUUGACUGACAGUGAACAACUUGACUGGAUAUAUACAAAUCUGCGAAAAUGACGCGUCGUUGCAGAGAGAGGCAGGCUGCCCCCUCAUCAAGACACCGAAGCACAGUGCUAUUCGGGGACAUCAAAGAACCAUUUAUUCUGCUUUGAUGACGAUUUUAUUCCAACCGUUUAUUUUUGCUACCAGCAGAGACUACACACGUACCUAAUUUGUUUAAGCUUAAUCUAAUGAAUUGCUGGCCGGU